GGCCUCGCUCUGCUCCUCUUUGGAGCUCCCGCAUAUGAGUGUCAUGAUAGUGAUUCUGCAAUGGGACGUGCCCGUGGAUAAGGCAUGAACGAACGAAUCACUCGUCAUUCUCUCGAGUCACACGAGCGUGUGCUUGAAUGUAAGCCAAGCAAUGAAUCAAUCAAUGAUGGAUCAUUGUCAUUCAUUCAUUCAUUCAGUGAAUCACUGCAUCAAUGCGGACAACCCCUCUCGGUUGCUUCGCUUGGGAGACGGCCCCUCUCGUGCCGGCCAACCAGGAAGCAGUCGGUCACGCCAGCCAUCCAUCCAUCCAUCCACAGCAAAGCCCCCCCACCUGCCUGUGUCCCUCAUUCAUCUUCGUCGUCCACUACUCCUCCAUCACAUCGUCACCGCCGCUCUCCAAAUCCCCCUCGAGUCAGCUACUGGAGUGCGGCCCCCAGUUGCUGCCAUGUGAACUGGCAGUCCGCAUCCCCCAGGUGGGUGUUGAAGCCCUUGACCACCGCCCCAUCCGCCAGCCCCCACUUGGCCGCCUCGUCCAUCCUGGCCCGAUGCACCACCUCACGCAGACCCAGAUGGCCACGUGUGUGCACCGCCUCGCGCGGACGGCUGUCGAGACCCUCGAGCACGAAGCACUGCAGCUGCGGCAGACGCACCACCUGGCCGCCCACAUCGGCCGUCCCGCCCACCACCUCCCUGUUGCUGCUGGCCUGGUACACUGCCGACUUGACGAAGUGCUCCGCUGCCGCACACACACGGCGGGCCAUGUCGCUGUGCCGCACACCGAUGGCCUCACUGAUGGCCUCCUGGGCGGCAUUCAUGUCGACGAGGUAUGAGGCGAUGCGCCAGCCGAAGAUAGGGGCCUCCAGCGGACGGACGGCCAGCCAGGGGGCCAGGAGGGCCGCGAGUUGGCGGUGGGGGGCGAGGGCGGCGUUGACGGCCGACAUGACGGCAGCGGGCAGCUCAUUGAGCACCGUCGCAUACUCAGUGAGCACCAGCUGACGCUGACGGCGGUCCUCCUCCGUGCCUGUGGGGAUGAGAUUGAUGUCGGCCCCCGCCCGCAGCAGGCUGCGGAUGGUCAGCUUGAGGUUGGGAAUCUCAGCGCGACACCGCUCUUUGUCGGGCUCGGGUGUGUCCGGGUCCUGCAGCUGUUGGGUGUGCCAAUCGAGCUGUCUUUCGGCUAUGGCGAGGGGCGUGUCGCCGAGGCCGUCAUGUCCAUCGAUCUGGUCAGCGGGCAGCUUGCGGCAGAGGUAGUCGGCCACUGGGGGAGAGCCAUACGCUGCCGCGUAGUGCAAUGGCGUCCAUCCAAUGCCGGCCCCUACCGUCAUGUCGGUGCCCUUCAUUCUGAUGAGGUCGAGGUAGCUGUCGAUGAAGGACUGGGGAUAGUGCCCCCCCGCCACCUCGGCUGCCUGGUGCACCAGGUUGAGGCCAUAGCGUUCUUCGGUGGCGAGGGUGGGGUCUCGUGCGACGAGUCGCUCAUACAGCGACAGCAGCAGCUCCAGAUACUGCGGGGGAGGCGGACGCAGCGGACGCGGCAGCUGCAUCACCAUGCAUUCGUCUGCUGCGCGCAGGUCGAUGUUGGGACGUGCCAUCAGUAUGUCGAAGGCCGUCUGGUUGCCGCAAGCAGUCGCCAGCCGGAUGGGCGUCCAGACGCUCCCAUCGGCCUCCAAAUUGGGGUCGGCGCCUCCGUCGAGGAGUGCGGUCAGGACGGCCGCCUGCAGCUCGUCAGAUGACCAGUGGGGCAGGGCGACGAGACGGGGGACAGCACCAUCAUCGUCUUCUGCUUUGACAGUCCGAAUGGUGUAGCCCGAUUUGUUGUCAAUGGCGAUGGCGAGCAGGGGGUAGCCGAAGACGGUGGGGAUGUUGGUGCUGCCCCUGGCCACCAGCCCAGUCAUGACAUCUGGGUCGGCGCCCUGCUGCCGGAUGAGGUCGGUCACUUCUCGCGCACUGGUGAAGCGGCGGCCGAUGAUGCACCGUGACAGCUCCCUGGUGGCGUCGCUGGUGCCCUCGGGGAAUCGAGCCUCCAGCUCGUCGAGUCCGAUAUGGCCGUCCGGCACAGGGACAGUGGGAUCCGCCAGGCCACUGAGAGGAUGACCUGUGACACACACAGAGCCAACACAACGGACGAUGCACAGGAUCCUCCCUCGUCUGUCUGGCGUACCUUCCUUCUCAUAAUCAUUGUAGUCGUCAUCCAAGUCUCUGUCAUCGAUAUCGUCACCUCGGUCGUCGUCAUCACCAUCAUUCUCCUGCACGCAAUCCAGACACACAACAAAGAGGCAAGGGAGAACAAACGACGUAUGUGCCUCCAUCGCAUGGACCAGUGCUGUUGUCGAUGAGUGCCUCACCGAUUCGUUCUCAUUCGCCGCCUGCGGACCCUUCUCACCGUCGGCCAUCUCGUGAGCCAUCUCGCCCUGCUGCUGCUGCUGGUCGUCUGAACACCACCACAUAAAUCGAGCAACCAGGCCUGAGUGUGCUGCUGAUGUGUGUGUGGAACGGUCUGUGUGGCAUGGCUUGUAACUCACCCCUAUCGACGCUGUCGAGAUCCAGUUCCUCCGCCUGCCCAAUGCCACUAUGCUCCUCCUCAGCUGCAUCGCCUGCAUACACCACAGAUGCACAGGAAUGAUACGAUGCUGUGUGUCUGAUGCGCUGCAUUAGUGUGACGCACCUGCAUCGUCCUUUCCACAUCCAGUGCAAGAGUGCAUCUUGGUAUCGUGACACUCAGACAUCACUCAACACAGACACCAACAGCCGCACGAUCCACACAAGAGAGGCAACAAGAGGUUGGGAUCCCUUUGUGCCCGCGCUGUGGCUGUGCUCACCUUUGAUGAGUCAAUAAAUGGCUGUGUAGAGGCGUUCAACCAGUCCGUGCUGCCCCGUUGGUAAAACAGCUCUGCAUUCCACAAUGUCGGCACACAGAGGCAGCAAACCACAUGAUGAUGGCGUGCUGAGCCAACCAAUUGCAUCCUCGCUCACCGUGGAUGAGAGCUGCCACGUGGCGCACGCUGAUCUAUGGACGCUAAGUCAGGUAAACCAAACCCAGCCGCUGAUGGACAACUCCCGACUGUCGGUGGGAAAAAGACAGUGUCC